UUUAAUGAUAGUCCUCCUCAUAAUUAACAUACCCCUAAACUAAAAUCACCAAUGCUUCAACUAUAAUCUUUUUCUGUCAUCUAGAUUUUACCCCAUGUGAAACAAUACCGACACAGAAGCUUUACCUUUCAAAAUUCAAACCGUAGUAUCUCAAAAACCAACAACAAAGAAAACAAAAAAUAGCAAGCAAAGAAAAGCAGAUAGCAGCACUCUGUCCCAUUUCAUCACUUUCAUUUCACUCUGUUUCUCACUUUGCUUCUUCUUCUUCAUCCUUCCCAGAAAUGUCACUUACUCCCUUCUUCACAACAACACUAACCUUCAUUCUCAUCAUCACAGAAGUAACCUCUCACUACUCUUCUUCGUCUUCUCAAUCACCACCUUCUCAACAAACCUCACCUUCUUUCACCGAAUGGCGAUCUGCACGCGCCACCUACUACGCCGCCGCAGAUCCACGUGACACUGUAGGCGGCGCGUGUGGCUACGGCGACCUAACCAAAGCAGGUUACGGCAUGGCAACGGUAGGUCUUAGUGAAACUUUGUUCGAACGAGGUCAGAUCUGUGGCGCGUGCUUUGAAUUACGGUGCGUGGAGGAUUUGCGGUGGUGUAUUCCCGGAACCUCGAUUAUUGUUACUGCAACUAACUUCUGUGCGCCGAAUUAUGGAUUCACGUCGGAGGGAGGUGGACAUUGUAAUCCGCCUAAUAAGCAUUUUGUACUUCCGAUUGAUGCUUUUGAGAAGAUCGCCAUAUGGAAAGCUGGUAACAUGCCUCUUCAGUAUCGUAGGAUAAAGUGCAGAAGGGAAGGUGGAGUUCGAUUUACAGUCACUGGUUCUGGUAUCUUCAUUUCAGUACUGAUCAGCAAUGUUGCUGGCCAUGGUGACAUAGUUGCGGUGAAGGUUAAGGGGUCGAGAACGGGUUGGCUUUCAAUGGGUCGGAAUUGGGGCCAAAACUGGCAUAUAAACGCGUUACUACAAAAUCAACCCCUUUCAUUUGAGGUUACUAGUAGCGAUGGGAAAACAGUUACAGCUUACAAUGUUGCUCCCAAGGAUUGGAGUUUUGGACAAACCUUUGAAGGAAAGCAAUUUGAUUAUUAAAAAGCCAAAUAAAGAAAACUUGUUUCAAGUAACAAGUAUUCUUCCCAUUCCCAAAUGUUUUACCCUGAUAUUAUAGAAGGUCUAGUUACUGGUGGUGGUGUUCCUUUACAUUUUUGAUUUGGUGGUUUGUAAUAUUGUCAAUGUGAUGGUGUAACUUUCCAUCUAUUAUCUUAGCAGUUUAUUGUAUGAAAAUACACAUUGUUAGUCAACAACAAAGAGGAAUUACCAUGUAAA